GGGCAGGACUUUGCAGACCCCAAUGAUCAGUCGCCGAGGCGAGCCUUAAGCGAUGGUUGCAUGAUCCUCAGGCGACCUGGAACACCGGACUGCGCACCUAUCUGCAGGACACAAGACACUCGCUCAUCAAGUUCCAGUCUGUGAUUAGAUUGGGGAGGCUGGGAACCAUGGGAAGACAUCAACCAGCGGAAUAACGAAGAAGCGUGCUUGGUCUUUUCCGGUCGACACACCGACUUUCUGUGUGGAUGUUGCCCGUAAUGGUUGACCAUGUUGGGUGCAGUCCCCAACAACCAGAUCAAUUUGCUGAAUUAUGCCAUCGUCAUCACUUGUCGGGCAUUGCCCAAGCAGGCAUGAAGUACCCCAAAAUUCUACCCCACCGGAUUGCAGAGAGCACAGCAAGAUGUCCGAUCAGUCACCUGCCUCCUCAUCUCUCAUCUAUCCCAGACAGGGGAUUAUCUCUAAACGGCCUUGAGCUCCGUAGGAACUCUUAGUACGCGGUUGGACUCAAGCAAAGCCCGUGAACCCCUUUUAAGGUGCUCACUAGUUUUUGAGACAGGCCCGCAGCUCCGAUACGAGUCAACUAUAGUGGAGUCGCAUCCCUUUUUUUCUAAGGUCUCCGCCACCUUAUUCGUCUACCCUUGUCGCCGGUGAGAGUCAUCACGAACCUCAAAAGGGGGAAAGGUGGAUGACAAUGGGGAGCGGACCUGAUUAGAUUAACCCGAGUUUUUGGUAGAUAAACAUCAAUCAGUUGACAGAUGAAUUCUUAAUCUAAUUGAUUAAGCUUGACCCAAUAUUGUGCGGAUUAGAAAGUGCCAGAAGGGAAGGAGGGAGAGAGGUGAUGUAUACACUGGAUAGAUAACGAAAGCCACCAACGAUCGACACCAG